UACCAGAACCAGCGUGGUGGCCGGGUCGUUCUUCAUGACGUAUUUCCUCCUUCCAAGCAAGAAUGGGAUAAGGGACUGGAGGGCAUUCAGACAGCUUUAGAUCUGAAGAAAGAACUUAAUGAGGCCCUGCUAAAUCUUCAUGGAAAGGUAUCUGAAACGAAUGAUCCCCAUGUUCUCCAUUUCUUGGAUGAUAAUUUCAUAAAUGAGCAUGUUGAAACAAUAAAGAAACUUGGGGACAUGGUGACACAGCUCCAACGUGCAGGAGACGGCCAUCUUGGUUUGCAUAUAUUUGAUAAAGAUUUACUAUAGUUUGGAAAUGAUAGAAAAAUGUGUUGGGCUUUUGGCUAACGUUUGGUCUUGACAACUGUGGUAUGUCUUUAGUAAUAUUAAUCAUGUUGAGCUACUGUAUCUUUUUGUCAUAUAUUCCUUUUUUUGUUGUAGAAUUUCUUAAUGUGUUAUGUUUUAAGCUUCUUGUGUAGCACAUUAUCUUAUCACUUAAAAGCUAGAAUAGGGAAGUAACGAUUCAUAUACUGACACUUAAAUUACUGUGUAGAAUUGUGGAUAGUUAAUUUGUAAAUUUGUAAUUUAGCAUUUUUUAAUGAAAUUAUAUUUUACUGUAGCAAUAUGUAAUAUCUUUAUUACUGACUUCUGUCACUGAUGUGGUUUGUGUAAAUUGAUUUUUCCUUGCAAGCUCAAAUGUUAAUUGUACUUAAUACUCAGACACUUAAAUCUUAUAGUAAUGAUUGUACUUUUGACUAUAGCAUCUUCUAUGCACAUUUAUAAUAAACUACCUUUUCAGAAAGGAUGGGAUUCAAACCCAUGGCAAGCCAGUCCUAAAACUGGACUAUGCCACCGUGGGUUAGAAUCCUGAUGUCUGAAAGUUGUUGCAAAAUAUCAAAACAAUUGUGAGUUUAUAAUAAAGCAAAAGCUGAA